ACUUAUUCAACCCCUCUCUCAUAAUUCUUCUUUUGAACUAUGACUCUUCCGCAACAAAAUAAUGCUGUUCCAGUUGGUCAACGUCGUAAAAGUUUUAUUUCGUCGAUUCAAGGUGCCAUGAGCAUGAACAGUCAGAAGACAAGCACUGUGAGACCUUACAAUUUGAUCAGUAGAUGCUAUGCUGAAUUCCUUGGAACAUUUAUUUUUAUUUUUAGCGGUACAAUGCAAGCAAACGUGUAUGACAUCAGUCAACCAGUAGGUCUAACCCAUGCAGCAUUAACACACGGUCUUGCAACAAUUGUUGUGAUUGCGGUUUUUGGAAAAAUCAGUGGAGGGCAUUUCAAUCCAGUUGUUUCAUGGGCAAUGGUUCUUUGUCAGAAAUUACAUCCAUUUGAACUUCCAUUCUACAUGUUCUCUCAAUUUUUCGGAGGAUUCGCUGGAAAUCUUCUGAGUGCAUGUUUGCAGAGAAAGAGAGAUUUUCUGAAUUGGGAAGACUAUUCCAGCAUUCGAUAUCCUCUUCCAACAGCAAGUAUUGAGUAUGGAUAUGAUAAAGUUCACAAUUCUACCCUUGAAAAAACUAUUUUGUUGACAACACAACUAGCUGCAACAACAUCAGGAAUAACUCAUCUUGGAGAAAAUCAUGAAUGGUGGGAAGGAUUAAUAAGUGAAACAAUCACAACUUAUUUCUUUGUUACGGUUAUUCUGAUGAAUGUAGUAAACAAUGAACCGAGUGAAGCUACUCCUUUUAUCAUUGGAAUGAUGGUUAUCGUUAACAUUUUUGCAACUGCUUCAAUAACUGGUACAGCUAUGAAUCCAGUUCGUGCUCUGUCUCCAAACAUCGUGGGUGAAAUUGUUCUCUCUUCUUCCUCACUACCACCAAACUUCUGGACAUACCACUACAUAUAUUGGGCAGGACCCUACCUUGGCUCUACCAUUGCUGUUAUUGGAUUCAAGCUACUUCUCUCAAAAACUGAUCGUCUGAUUCCUUAAAAAUGUGUGUAUCAUAACAAUCAUUGUUUGUCAUUAUAAUAAUAAACC